AUGCAGAAGUUGGCAAAGUUGUAUAUCCAACACGUGGUGAAGAGGUAUGGAGUUCCGGAGGUGAUUGUCUCGGACCACGACCCCCGUUUUCAGUCGCAUGUUUGGCAAAAGCUUCAGAAAGAGUUCGGCCGAUGGGAGGAUCCGUUGGCUCUAGUAGUCUCCUACAAUAAUAGCCAUCAAGCAACCAUUGGGAUGGCACCCUUUGAGGCUUUGUAUGGGAGAAAGUGUAGAACGCCGUUGUGUUGGAGUGACCUAAGCGAAAGGGUUGUAUUGGGGCCCGAAAUGAUUGAGGAGAUGAUGGAUCAGAUUUGUAACAUCAAGGCUAAGAUGAAAGCCGCCCAAGAUCGCCAGAAGAGUUAUGCCGACCUUGCUCGGAGGGACGGGCAUUUUAAGGUGGGUGAUCAUGUAUUACUUAAGGUCUCACCGACGAAGGGUGUGAGAAGAUUUGGUAUUAAGGGAAAGUGGAGCCCGAGGUAUGUAGGGCAGUACGAGAUCAUCGAAAGGAUUGGAGAGGUGGCCUACAGGUUGGCCUUGCCGGAGACAUUGAAAAGGGUUCACGAUGUUUUUCAUGUCUCUCAAUUGAGGAUAUACGUGGCUGACCCAUCUCAUAUACUUCAGCCGGAAGUCUUGGAUCUUCAGGAGGAUUUGGUGUACUCAGAGCAACCUAUUCAAAUUGUGGCUUUCAAAGUUAGAUCGAUGCGGAACUGUGAAAUAAGGAUGGUGAAGGUAGUGUGGUCGCGGCAUGGGGUUGAAGAAGCGACAUGGGAAACUGAACAAGAAAUGCGAGAAAAGCAUCCAGAGUUGUUUGAGCUAGCUCCGGGCGUACAGAUGAAUUUCGAGGACGAAAUAUCCUAA